AUGCACAAAUCUACUUUCUUCAACGAACAUCAUAAUAUGGUCACUAAUGAUCCAUAUUCUGUACCUUUUCAUCCAUCUGUUUAUUACAAACAAACUUUUGAUAUCUCAUUUCCUCAUCAUCAACAAUCUCAACAUUCUCUUUAUUCUACUGGUCAUCAUAAUAAUCUCAAUCAUCAUGUUGGUCAAGUUUAUACCACCGAAAGUUAUCCUCCUGCUUUCUUACCUACAACUUCUAGUGGCAACUCUUCUUCUGACUCUAGUCCUAUCGCUAGUCCUUCUUUGUUACCAAGACGUGUUCCCUCUUCUGGUGGUUUAAGUGAACAAUUUAUAGCUUCUAUUCGUAGUAAUCGUAAUUCUAUCUUGUUAGAUCCCAUCGUUGAAGAAGAAUUACCAUCUACUCAUAAUUAUUUUAUUAAUAAUAUUCCAUGA